GUCCUAGACAACACUACUGUAGUUCUGUACAUGUUUGAUUUGAGUUCCUGAUGCAAAAUUCCAUGUUCCUUCUUUUUCUUCUCUCCUCCCUUAAUCUAAUGUUCUUCUCUUAUUUGGGAUUUGCUCGCCACCUGAUCUGACGCAGCCCCAUGCGCCAUCAAGUAAGAACAAACUAAGUCCAAGUGGAUUGCAGCAGUUCGGGUGCGACGCGGCGCCACUACCACGUGCACAUUUCUACUACUCUAUCGCUGUCGAGUCAGUACUUUAAAACACAGGUAGUAUAUCCAUCCAGUGACCUAACUAACUAGCCAGUUGAUAUCCGUGAUUUUUAUUUAUUGUUAUCAUGGAAAAAAAGAACAAAUUCAACUCCUUAAACAAACUAAUACGCUACUAAUCGGAGUUGGAAAACCGUAUCGAAAAUUGUACCUGAAAAGUUAGUGGACCUGUUUUUUGCUAUAAUUGGGCAUGAUUCAACUAUUUCAUACCACAAAAUACCAUCGAUUAAUUUCACUAUCAAUUAAGUUUUUCUGGUCGAACCACCUAUACGAUACGAUUUGUCAAUCCUAGCUCCUAAUCCAUCCCCACCCUGUGUUUUACAGCAUUAAAUAUUAAUCGCAUCUUCUUAUCCCUAACUAACUCUUUCUAUAAGUACGAUCCCAAAACUGUAUGUCUUCCUCCUUACCAAAGCGAACAAAACGAAAGAUUAAACAAAACAACAGAUCAAAAUCCAAACAACAAAAACCCUCCUCUCCGGUCUCCAACAUUGACAUGGACGCCGCCGCCGCACCUUCCCCGCACCGUGACCAGCUCUCCGUCAUCCUGCCACGCGUCCUCAUCGUCUCCCGCCGAACCCUCCGCAAGAACAAGUUCGUCGAUUUCGUCGGGGAGUACCAUCUAGAUCUGAUCGUCGGAUACGGCGCCGUCCCCGUCAUCGUGCCACGCGUCACCGGGGUCCACAUGCUCCUCGACAGCUUCGAGCCCAUCCACGGCGUCCUCCUCUGCGAGGGCGAGGACAUCGACCCUUCCCUCUACGCCGCCGACGCCGACGCCGCCGGCCUCUCCCCGGAGGAAUUCGAGGAGGUGAAGCGCCUCCACGCCAGCGACACCGCCGUCGACCGCGAGAAGGACUCCAUCGAGCUCAGCCUCGCCAAGCUCUGCCUCGAGCGGAACAUCCCGUUCCUCGGGAUCUGCCGCGGCUCCCAGGUCCUCAACGUCGCCUGCGGCGGGACGCUCUACCAGGACGUCGAGAGGGAGCUCUCCAAAUCUUCGGCGGGAGGAUCUGUCGCUACGAAGCACAUCGAUUACGACAACUACGACGGCCACCGGCACCCGAUUGCGGUGGCGGAGGGGACGCCGCUGCGAGAUUGGUUUAGGGAUUCGUUGGUGGAGGAGGAGGAGGGCGGCGGCGGUGGGGAUGGAAUGGGGAUCUGGGUGAAUAGUUAUCACCACCAAGGGGUGAAGAGGCUGGCCCAAAGGUUUGUGCCGAUGGCGUUUGGGCCUGAUGGGCUUGUGGAAGGGUUUUAUGACCCGGAUGCUUAUAACCCGGAGGAAGGGAAGUUCAUUAUGGGCCUCCAGUUUCAUCCCGAGCGGAUGCGGGACCCGGAUACCGACCGGUUUGACUAUCCGGGUUGCCCCAGAGCCUACCAGGAAUUCGUGAAGGCUGUGAUAGCGUAUCAGAAGAAGCUGGUGAGCGGGAGCACAAGCAGCGUGGGGAAAGCGGUAAAGCUGGACGAAGAAAUGGAGGAGAAGAGGAAAGUGAUAGUGAGGAGUUUCUCGAUCGCCCGGCAUAUGUACUCGGCCGUAAGCACCGGCCGGGAGAAAAAGAUGCAGCAGCAGCCAUCGACGGAGUCAGAACUCAAAGCCGGCGCCGAGUUCCUCGAGUCGAACACGGCGCUGAGCGUGCAGCAGGAGACGAGGCUGAAGCAGAUGGGGGCGACGGUGAGGAACGGAGGGUCGUACAUCCAGCGGCUGAAACUGAACGAGGAGAGGGAGAAGCUGGCGAGGAACGUGAUGGGGAAGAUGUCGGCCGACCAGCUGUCCGAUCUCUUGUCUUUCUACCACAUGAUGUCCCAGAUUUGCUCCGACGUAUUGGAGAGGAAGCUCCAUUUCGACGUUGCCUUGGACUGACGAUUGCUUGCCGUUGGAGUGUGCUUUGUAAAUAAAGAUCCAUCUUUUUUUUUUUUUUCGAUUUCCAGAAAUGAGCGAAAUUGUUUGGCUUUUGAUGCGUUAAUUCACAGCCCAUCCUUCUGUAGUUUGUACUCAUGCAUAGUCUUCUUAUCUCAGAUCAUAAUUAAGGUACAGAGUGACAUUCAAUUUUCAAAUAGGAUACAAAAUUCCUAUGAAUCAAACAAUUGACGGGGGAAAAAAAAUUAUAUCUUCAUGAAGAUGUAGGAAAGGUGAAUUGUCCAGGCUCUCUGCAGUAGACUUCGAAAAUGAAACACUAGAUUAAUA